GGGGCCGGAUUUGACAAAGGGUGUGAUGGAUCUGCAGAGGUAAAUGCAUAUUGCCUUGUUUAGUUUGACAUAUGCUUGAGUUUAGGUGUGUAAAAUUUCUGGGUUUUUGUUCUGUCUAUAUGUAUUAGGACCGACGGAGUUUCUGAGCAUGUUUCUGCUCAAUCCAAUGAGGUAGAAAAUGUUAGUAGCAUUGUUGAUUGGUCAAAACUUGUGAUUGAACCUGAGAAGGAUGAGGUUGAAGAGGAGUCUCUUGAUGAAAAAGGGAUACCAGAUGAAAAGCCUGUGAAUGAGAAUGCGAUGUUCGCGCUGCUGGGUCUAAAAACAGAGGCAGAUGAGGACGGAAUGAAGCCUUGUCCGAUUGUUGCUCCUACUCCUGACUUAGAUGAUACUAAAGAUGUGGCUAUUCUUGUUGAUGAUAUGGCUGAAGAGGAAGCACUUAUUGCAUGGGAUGAACGACACCCGAAGAUGGAUAUAGGGACACCUUAUCCUGAUAUGGCUGCAUUUAGAAAGGCAAUCAAACAGUUUGCUAUCAAUGGAGAGUUUGAGUAUGGCACUACAAAAAAUGAGCCAGCCAGGUUUCGGGCUUUUUGUAAAGGUCAAGGCAUAAAAGGUGAACCUUGCCAAUGGUGUUUGUCAGCUAGUUGGCAGAGAGACCAGAAUUGUGUGAUGGUUGUGAAGCAUCAAACUGAGCACAUUUGUAGCUCGACGAGUGGAAAAGUGACAAGCAUGACUGAUCAAGCUUGGGUGGCUGAAAGGGCAGCAGCUAUGUUGAAGAAAGAUCCAACAAUUGGUGCUACCAAGGUACUGCAUGUGUUGCAGGAUGAGUAUCAUGUCACACUUGACUAUCACACGGUGUGGAAAGGAAAACAAAAGGCAGCAACCAGCUUGUAUGGGAGUUGGGAAGAAAGUUUCAGGAUGUUGUACAACUACAAGGCUGAGAUAGAACUGAGAUCUCCAGGGAGUAUUGUAGAGAUUGAUACAACUACAGUUGAUGGCCAGGUACAUUUCAGCAGACUAUUUAUUGCUUUCAAGCCUUGCAUAGAUGGGUUUUUGAAUGGAUGCAGGCCUUAUAUUAGCAUUGAUUCAACUCAUUUAAAUGGCAAGUGGAAUGGCCAGGUAGAAACUCACUUAUUUUGAUGUGCACGUGAGUUGGAGACUCACAUAUAUUUGUGGAUGUGCACUCGUAUUGAACUUAUUAUCUAUUCUAUGAAAUUAUUUCUGGCUGUGCACUUUUGUUGAGCA